GGCAGCCUCUUGCCGCUCGGGAUAGUGGCGUGGGGUUAUUGGCGUGUGCUGAAGAGCCAUGGACCGGGAGGAAGGCGAGUUGGAAUCUCCAAUCCACUGCACGUCUUCAUCUUUGGGGCAGAUGGCUGAGGAAGAAGAGGCAGAUGACUUUGAUCUCUAUGGGGAUUAUGACAGCUUUCCGCAAUAUAGCAGCAGUGAGGAAAGUGGCAGCACUUCCUAUCUAGACGAUUCUAGUGAGAACGAAGUAGCAGAUCGUGAGGUUGGGGAAGUGCCUCCAUCUCCUUCACAGAUCCUGACCCCCAGCAUCCACAUGCCAGAUGAUAAUGGAUCUGAGCCAGCUGUCUGUGAGAUGUGUGGUAUUGUGGGCACGAAAGAUGCCUUCUUCUCCAAGACCAAACGUUUCUGCAGUGUCUCCUGUUCCAGGAGUUACUCCUCAAAUUCCAAGAAGGCUAGCAUUCUGGCAAGGCUGCAGGGUAAACCACCAACAAAAAAAGCUAAAGUCUUGCACAAGGCAGCCUGGUCUGCUAAAAUUGGAGCAUUUCUCCACAUUCAGGGGACAGGGCAACUGGCAGAUGGAACAUCAACUGGUCAAGAUGCUCUCAUUGUAGGCUUUGAUUGGGGAGCAUAUCUGCAGGACCAUGGAUACAAGGCUGCAUCUGUUAGCAGUUUCAAACAUGUUCCCCUUUAUGAUCAAUGGGAAGAUGUGAUAAAAGGGCUGAAGGUUGAAGUAUUGAACAGUGAUGCCGUGCUUCCCAGUCGUGUGUAUUGGAUUGCUUCUGUUGUUAAGAUUGCAGGUUACAAGGCACUGCUGCGUUAUGAAGGCUUUGAAAAUGAUUCCAGUCGUGACUUCUGGGUCAACUUAGGUACUAUGGAAGUGCAUCCAAUUGGUUGGUGUGCCAUUAACAGCAAAAUUCUGGUGCCACCCCAAACUAUCCAUUCAAAGUUUACAAACUGGAGAGGGUACCUUAUGAAAAAAUUGGUGGGGGCUCGAACAAUCCCAGUUGAUUUCCACUUAAAGAUGACGGAGAACAUGAAGUAUCCUUUCCGGCAAGGCAUGAGGGUAGAAGUAGUGAACAAGGCCUGCAUAUCCCAAACACGAAUGGCCAUUGUGGAUACUGUAAUUGGUGGCCGGUUGAGGCUUCUCUAUGAGGAUGGAGACAGCGAUGAUGAUUUCUGGUGCCAUAUGUGGAGCCCUCUAAUCCAUCCUGUAGGCUGGUCCAGAAGGGUUGGUCAUAGCAUAAAAAAAACAGAAAAGAAUAAUGAUAUGGCAACCCAUCCUACCUUCCGGAAAAUCUAUUGUGAUGCUGUUCCAUAUCUCUUCAAAAAGGUACGUGCUGUCUAUCCAGCAGGCGGAUGGUUUGAGGAAGGCAUGAAAUUGGAAGCUAUUGACCCUCUAAAUCCUGGCAACAUUUGUGUGGCUACCAUCUGUAAGGUCCUUUUAGAUGGUUAUCUUAUGCUUGGCAUUGAUGGCACAACUUCCGAAAGUGAUUCAGAAUGGUUCUGCUAUCAUGGGUCCCUGCAUUCCAUUUUCCCUGCUGGCUUCUGUAAGAACAACAGUAUAGAGCUGACUCCACCAAAAGGAUAUGAUGCUAAGAUCUUCAGUUGGGCAAGCUAUCUAGACAAGACUAAGUCAAAAUCUGCACCAGCACGUCUUUUCAAUGUGGAUUGUCCAAAUCAUGGCUUCAAAGUGGGUGCUAAAAUAGAAGCAGUAGACCUGAUGGAACCAAGACUUAUCUGUGUGGCAACAGUAAAAAGGAUAGUCCAUCGGGUCCUCAGAAUUCACUUUGAUGGCUGGGACAGUGAAUAUGACCAGUGGGUAGAUUGUGAAUCACCAGAUAUCUAUCCUGUGGGUUGGUGUGAACUGAUAGGUUACCAGCUGCAGCCACCAGUGACUCCAGAACCUGAAUCGCCUGCAUUUGCCAAGGAGGUUUCAAAGAGGAAGCGAAAACCAUAUGGAAAGAAAAGAAAAAAGAUGACUGCUAAAUCGCGUUCCAUCAAGGAGGCAGCUAAGAAAGUGAUCACUCCAAAAACAAAGGAAGAAACAAAAGCUAUCAAAAAGCUGCCUACUUCAAAAUCAAAGGAGGGAAAACCAACUGUUUCAAAAACUGAGGCAAUGCAGGCUAAAUCCAAGACUUCUUCAAAACUACUGCCUGAAACCUUUGUUGCUGUGCAAGUGAAAGAAGAAAUGCUUGAAGACCCAAAGGUGAGGCUUGAAACUCCACACCAUUCAGCACCAGUGAAGGAUGAGGACACGGAUCAAGAAGCUCCAGCACACUCUACGAUAAUCGGUUGCCUAAAGGAUGAAGGCAUGGAACCAGAGUCCCCAGAAAGCCCUAUAGCAGAUGACCAGGAUGGCAGCAUGGAUGUAGAAACUGCAACAAGCCUUGAUACACUUCGCUACUUAAAGGAUGGAGUUAAGGAACCAGCAAUUGCAAACUCUAUUGCAAUUGCCUGCUUAAAAGAUGGGGUCAUAAAAACUGAAGCCUAUAAGGGACAAAACUUCUAUUUUAGAAGAUGAAUAAUGGGAAUUAAUGACUUACUUGCGUAAUGAGAGAAGACGACAAUCACAGGAAAAAGGGAUAUCAUUCAAGUUGAUUACCUCCAGAGCACUGAAGCCAUGUAAAUUAGGUAAAUUGUACAUUCUAUUUUUCUCCAGAUACAGACUUUUAAUAUUUGGACCCAAGCCAGUAAAGGCACCAGAAGAAAUCUGCCAACACAAGUUGGUAAUGACAAGUUCAAGAUCUACAGAAGUAAUUUAUAAUUAUCCCAAUCUUCUAUUUCCACUGAUCCUUUGUAUGUGUCCAAUAACUGUAAGAAAAUUAGUGUAUUCAUAAUCUCUAAAACAGUUAACAGUUUCUUGUUUAAUUAAACUUAAAGGUGAAAGAGAAAACAUUUAUCAGAAUUGACUAUAAUUAGCCUAUAUCAAAAGUAUAACUCAAAGUCUGCAUGCAGUCUCCAGAUUCUUGAAUGCAGCCACCUCAGCUUAUUCA